CUCCACACUAAGCGCGCGACUGACACAACAAACAAAGCGUCCCAGACCGUCUUUUGGUCAAUAAGCCAAAGAAACCCAAAUUACGAGACGCAAAACACCAGCGAGAAGAGGUCGGAAGGGACAAGCAAAAUGGGCAGGCCGCGCAACCAAAGCAACGCGUCGAGCCGAAGCGACUCCCAGCCGGCACGAGAGCUGGGUAGCAUGUACGAUUACCUUGCCAAAAUCAUCCUCCUUGGCCCUAGCAGCGCUGGGAAAUCCUGCCUCCUCCACCGUUUUGUCAACCAAUCUUGGAAAGUCCUCUCCUCGCAAACCAUCGGCGUCGAAUUCGCAAGUAAGAUCGUCCACAUCACCCCGCGCGAUGGCUCGCACAGUUCCCGCAAACGCAUCAAACUCCAACUUUGGGACACGGCCGGCACUGAGCGAUUCAGAAGUGUGAGUCGCAGCUACUAUCGCGGAGCGGCGGGUGCGAUUCUCGUAUACGACGUGUGUAGCUGGCGGAGUCUCGAGGGUCUCAAGACAUUCUUGGACGAUGCAAGAGCGUUGGCGGGGCCGGGACUGACAGUCGUCAUGGCGGGAAACAAGGUGGACGCCGCCGAGCCUGGAAGCAUACUGGGGAGUGUAGGCGGGUCUGGCAGCAGCACAUUUGGCAGUUAUGCGAGUGAUGAUGGCAGUCAUCUCCCUCCUACACCGGGGUCGCAGUCUUCGAUGUCUACAUCUGCAUCGCUCGGCCGCUCAAAAGCUACUGUUGCUCCCGAGGGCCGCGAGGUUCCAUUCGACACAGCGUCGCGUUGGGCCGGCUCCAACGGGAUCCCCGUCGCUAUGGAGGUCUCGGCGUUAAGUGGGGAGAAUGUCGACGAGGUGUUUGAGAAGUUGGCCAGAAUGAUAUUAACAAAGAUCGAGUUGGGAGAGAUCGACCCAGACGAUCCAGCCAGUGGGAUCCAAUAUGGAGAUAUCGGAGGUUGGGGAGGGAACUGGGACGACGGUGGCAGCGUCAAGAGCGGGAGUGAAGGCGUUCGGCAUCGUGGUCGAUCGAGAAGAGGAGGCGGCGGGGGAUUGAGGGAAUGGGAAGAAGUGUUUCGGUUGAGUGGGAGCACGGGGAGAUCAAGAAGAGGGUGUUGUUGA